UAAUGGGCUUUUGCUGAUCAGGACUGAAGCAAUGAGGCUUUAAGCAUUUGUUUAUAUGGAUAAUAGCUGGAUAUGAAAAGAAGAGCUCAUAUAUUUUAAGAGAAAGUGAUAAGUAACUAAAAUUGUUUACACUUCUUGUGAUGAAGGAGGAAGUAAGGUAAUGUAUUUUUUUUCUAUAUUUUAUUUUAUUUUUUCUUUUCUAUUUUUCUUUUUUAUUCUGUAACUUCUACUUUUUAUUAUUUUUUUUACUUUGCAUUAGUUUGUAUCUUAGCAACUGUAAUUUUUAACAAAAUUUAUUAUUUUUAAAAAAGAGACCCAGAGAGUGCACUUUCUAAUGUUUGCAAGGAUGCUUUUCGAGGUGGAACACAAAAAGGUAGAUUCAGAUUUUGCCUAAAACAGGCACCCCAAUCAAAUCAGAAUAACGAGAUCAAAGAUAGCUGCUUCUGGUCUCACUCCAACUUUUAGUUCUGUAAACAAUGUUAUUUGAGCAGCCGCACUCUUGGCAUGAAAUGAGAAGGAAGUGUUGCAAAAUUAGAGAUGAUAAUUCCAAGAUGGUUAAUUGGGCAAACAUACUUUUUUUUUCAAAUCGUGAUGCUUACAUGGCAGAGGUUAAGCGUAGGUUAUCAGAAUAUAGUUGUUUUUUCCUUUCACAGAAUCCCACGUGACCGUUUAGAGAACCAGAACUUGCCUUGCAAAGAAAUGCUUGCGCUCUGGUUUCCCGCAGACUUAGAAUAGUAAUGAUGGCACGGAAAAGAUGUGUGCGUGCGUGGUGGGGAUAAUUAGUAAGAAACGAAACCACUUUUCUGAGAAGACACACCAAUUUCCAAUCCCUCCUCCUCUUGUUCUGCCUUUACUAUCUCCUGCAGUUCAUUCCUCUCCAAGCCCAACAUCUUUACUUCGCUAAAGCGGGAAACCCUGAACCCCUUCCCCGCCAGCCCCUCCCGUCCGUCCACGACCCUAUACUACCGGUAUCUCGUUGGACCCCGCAGGCCGGCUCUCCAAACGCCGGAGAAACCCGCCGAUUGGAGCUCUAUUCUAAAAGGCGAGAUGAUGAGCUCAUCCUCAACCAAUGGGAGACCACCGCGGACAGCCACAGCCGUACAAGUUGCAGCCUGCACCGGAUUCCUCGGUCGUUGUAGCUUUUGCCCCGGGCGGAGAUGGAUAUAGGCGUGGGAGGUCCCGUCUGCCUUAUCUCCGCUCUUACUAGCCUCUCGGGCCAUCAGCUUUUCAAGACCUUUGGAGAACUUGUUCAUUUUGCUCUGAUAACGCCACUGGGUUUAUAGAAGAAAAGACCUCCAUUUUUUUAAUCUGCAAAAAGGGAAUCUUUCUUCUGAAGUGACACUUCUUGCAACAUGCAAAACACCUAUGUUAACAGUCAAAGAUAUAUCUUUCAGAUGAUGUGGAUGAUAACAAUCUCUUGAGAAUGGCUACUUCUUAAGGAGAGUAUCUGUAGGAUAUUUUUUGGGAAAUGGAUUCAGAGUCCUGUAACCGAGCUUUCUCCCAGGCCCGUGUAUAUCUUGAACAAAUUCGAAGCCGGGUUGCACCAGGGAGUAUUGACAUACAUGGUCCUGGGAAGCGCGACUACCUGGUGGAUGCAGCUAAGCAGAUCCGUCUGGCUCUGGAACGGGAUGUAAGUGAAGACUAUGAAGAAGCAUUCAACCACUACAAGAAUGGUGUGGAUGUGCUUCUCAGUGGGGUGCAAGUGGAUCCUAACAAAGAGCGCCGUGAAGCCGUGAAGAGGAAGAUCACCCAAUACCUAAAACGGGCAGAGGAGAUCUUCAACUGCCACCUACAAUGUAAUUUGGGGAAUGGCAAUUCUACUGAAACGGGUUACAGCAGUCUUCGCUUUCGUCCGAUAAGGACACUCAGCACACCAGUGGAGAAUCUCAAGCGCUGUAAAGUAGUGGGAAUAAUUGAUAAGGUGCAAAUAGUGCAGGAUCCAGCUACUGGGGACACCUUUAUAUUGAAGAGCAUCCCCAAAUCCCAUGUGGAGACCCGGCAAAGGCAGACCAUCAUCCCACAUGGAAUCCCCUUUAUGACAGAAUUAUUGCGCUAUUCUGUAAGUAAGGAUUCCAUCUUCCUCCACUUGGAACACGUGAAAGGAGGAAACCUCUGGUCAUAUCUUCGCUCCCAUCAUGGUUCUGCCUCUGUCCGUUCUCCCUUACUGAGUUCAAAGCUCACUUCGGAUUUUGGGUAUAUCCGGGAAGAAGAGCACAUAGAAAGCUUUCAUGAAACUGGUUCUGACUCUCAACAGAGCUGCAACAUCUAUCCUGAAAACAAUAAUGGCCCAAUGCCUGUAUCUGUAAAUCAUCCCCUGUUGAAAAAAAUGGACUGUUUGAUGUCUAUGAAACAUUCAUCCAGCCAUCUUUCUUUUAGAACCUCAAGUGAGCACAGGUGGCAUACUGAAAAGGCAGGUGGACCAUGGAAGAAGAAUCUAAGCACAACCCACCCCUUUCCUGGUGCUACAGAAUCUACAAGCAAAACCAUACCUCAAGAACAGAAUCACUCAGUCAGCCAGAGACUGACUUUCAGGUCCUGUGAUUCAUUUAUGACAGUUGAUGGCAUUGGAACUACAUCUGGGAAAGAGACUCCUCAGCCAGAACCAAAGCCACAAACAGGUAAAAGAUCUAACCACUCUGCCAUAGAAGUAACAAGAGGAUACAACAAUUCAAAGAGAGAAACUCCAUGGCAAAAUCAGUUGUAUCCUGGAACUCUUGAAGAGGACUAUGGAGAGAAGAUAGAAACAAGAGGAGAAGAUGACACUUUUAUGCAGAGGGCACCAGUUCUUGAUCAUAAACAUUUCAAAACCCAACUAACAAUAGGAUGGCAUGGAUCUUUAGUGGAACCAGUUGCCCAAAGCCAUACUCCUCUCAAUUGGGACAUAAAUGAGGAGCAGAUCCAAGUUUGGGCAGCUGAAUUGAUUUUGGCUCUGGAGGGUCUCCACCAACAGGGAAUCUUGUGCCAGGAUCUCAACCCACGAAAUCUGCUUUUAGACGAUACUGGUCACCUCCGUCUCACAUUCUUUGGCCAGUGGUGUGAGGUUGAGCCACAGUACAGCAGCCAAGCAGUAGAUGAUUUGUAUUGUGCUCCAGAAGUGGGUGGAAUUUCUGAAUUGACAGAAGCGUGUGAUUGGUGGAGUUUUGGAGCACUGCUUUAUGAAUUAUUGAAUGGAGUGUCUUUAUCACAGAAUCAUCCCUCAGGGAUUCAUCCAUACACCCAGAUCUAUCUUCCAGAAAAGCUCAGCCAAUCUGCUUCGUCACUUCUCUCAGAGUUGCUGCAGUAUGAUCCUAAACAACGUUUGGGCUCUGGUGAAAAAGGUGCAAGCAAGAUUAAGUCACACAUUUUUUUCAAUUUGAUUCAGUGGAAUAAGAUGGUUGCAAACUAAGUUCUAAAUGCAAGGGAUGGUAAAAGAAGCAUGCUUGAUAGAACACCAAAUUGAGAAGUUUACCUGUUGAAUUGUGCUCCAGAUAAUCCACAUCCACUGAAAAGCACUUGUAUAAGCUAUAUGAAUCUGAGACAUCAGCACUGCUACCAUUUAGGGAAGAAUCCACAGAAUUGGGCUGGGAUCUGCGUGCUCAAACUUCUGCUCCUUAUCUUCUUCCUAAUUGCAUGCUAGCAGCAGCUUCGUAAAAAUUCUAGGCACCUCAAGUUUCCUAUAAGGCAUCAAUAACCAAUUUGGAGCCCUAAAGAUGUCUAACGUAACCCAAAUGGAAAUUGAAGUCAAGCAUCCUGCCCGUGCAACAAGUUCUGGCACUUCAAAGACCAACUCUGAUGGGCCUCCACAAGAGUAAUAAGUAGGGUCUUAUUGUUUCAUCCUAUCUGACAGAUUUUUUCCCCCAAAUCAAAUAUGAGUAGGAGAUAACUUUAUAUUGUAUUUUCUUGUUUUCAUUUCUCAUGUUUAAUUCAAUUUUCAGAUGGUUUUCUAACUUUUUCUUGCAUAUAUUUGCCCUAUAAAAUUUUCAUAUUUUUCACCCCAUUUUUUUAUUUGAAGCAUGUUACAACUUUUGCAGGUUAGUGGUGCAUUUUUGUGAAUGUACCACUAGAUGGACAUUUUCAGUAACUUUUAGGUGCCACAGCUUGUAUUUUCCUUUCAAAAAAAAAAUGACUUCUUUGUAGGUCUAACACAACCUUUUACCUAACAAGAAAGUGAGCAAAAGACCACUCUUUGGAUUUCUGUGGAUUAUCCGUUGUCUUGUCUUUAACUAUUGUAACAUCAAUAAAACAACCGGAGCACAAA